AUAGUCAACAUGUUGAGCAAAAGGGCAAAGAUAAGGAGCACCAUGAAGCGCCCUCAGCGCGCAACUUCAAAUGUAUUUGCUAUGUUUGAUCAAUCACAGAUUCAGGAAUUCGAAGAAGCCUUCAAUAUGAUUGAUCAAAACAGAGAUGGUUUCAUUGACAAGGGAGAUUUACAUGAUAUGCUAGCUUCCUUAGGAAAGAAUCCAACUGAUGAGUACCUAGAUGCCAUGAUGAAUGAAGCUCCAGGUCCUAUAAAUUCUACUAUGUUCCUCACAAUGUUGGGGGAAAAGUUAAAUGGAACAGAUCCAGAAGAUGUCAUCAGAAAUGCUUUUGCUUGCUUCGAUGAAGAAGCUACAGGCACCAUUCAGGAAGAUUACUUGAGAGAAUUGCUGACCACAAUGGGAGACUGGUUCACAGAUGAAGAAGUAGAUGAGCUGUAUAGAGAAGCACCUAUUGACAAAAAAGGAAAUUUCAAUUAUAUAGAGUUCACACGUAUUCUUAAACAUGGAACAAAAGACAAAGAUGACUAA